AUGGCCGGCCUAUCACGGCCAGCCUCUUCCAUUCCCGCUGCUGCGAGGAGGACGGGUUUGCGCCCACCCACUCGGCGAACCGGCUCCGCAGUCCCAGAUAGACAGCCUUCGCCCGCAGUCAUAGCAAGACCGGCCACCUCAUCGAUUGCGCGUGUGCAAAAAUCGAACCCCGAACAGUCAAGCACGGUCGCCAAAAGGAAGGAAAGAGACUUUGAACGUGAGAUUAACGAGGACACCAGCAUCCACGUGGUGGUGCGCUGCCGAGGUCGCAAUGAGCGGGAGAUCAAAGAAAACAGCGGUGUCGUCCUCUCCACUGAAGGAGUGAAUGGCAAGAAUGUGGAUCUAUCCAUGGGACCCAAUGCGCUCUCGAAUAAGACCUAUGCCUUCGAUAAGGUCUUUUCGCCCGCUGCAGACCAAACGAUUGUAUACGAGGAAGUGGUACUUCCGAUUGUGAAUGAGAUGCUCGCCGGGUACAACUGCACGAUUUUCGCAUACGGGCAGACAGGAACCGGGAAGACAUAUACCAUGUCUGGAAACAUGACUGAUACUCUUGGUAUACUGUCCGAUGAUGCAGGCAUUAUACCACGCACACUCUAUUCCCUGUUUCACAAACUUGAGGAGACGGAAAGUACUGUCAAGUGCUCUUUUAUCGAACUUUACAAUGAGGAGCUGCGAGAUCUCCUCGCUGCCGACGACCACACAAAGCUGAAGAUUUUUGAAAACGAAAAGAAGGGCCAUGCCGGCACUUUAGUCCAAGGAAUGGAGGAAACCUAUAUCGACUCGGCAUCAUCCGGCAUCAAGUUGCUGCAGCUGGGCAGCCACAAGCGCCAAGUGGCCGCAACAAAAUGCAACGACCUGAGUUCUCGCAGUCAUACAAUCUUCACAAUCACCGUUCUUACGAAACGCACUUCCGAGUCUGGAGAGGAAUAUGUCAGCUCUGGAAAGCUCAACCUAGUGGAUUUGGCCGGCAGCGAGAACAUUGGACGAAGCGGUGCUGAGCAUAAGCGAGCUACCGAAGCAGGCUUAAUUAACAAGAGUUUACUCACUCUGGGACGGGUUAUCAAUGCCCUGGUGGACAAGAGCUCACACAUCCCCUACCGGGAGUCGAAAUUGACUAGACUGCUACAAGAUUCUCUCGGUGGCCGAACGAAAACGUGCAUCAUUGCCACGGUAUCCCCAGUGAAGAGCAACUUGGAGGAGACAAUUUCAACACUCGACUACGCAUUCCGAGCCAAGAACAUCCGCAACAAGCCCCAGAUCAACUCCAUCGUGUCCAAGAAUAAGCUGCUCCGUGAAAUCGGCAUGGAGAUUGAGAAACUCAAGAGCGAGCUCAUCGCUACGCGGCACCGCAAUGGCGUAUACAUGACACCCGAUGCGUAUGAAGAAAUGACUAUGGAAAGCGAAUCACGACGAAUUGUCAAUGAGGAACAGCGAGCCAAGAUUGAGUCGAUGGAAUCCAGUCUUCGACAUAAGGUCCAGGAGCUGUUUUCUCUCACAGGCAAUUUCAACACGUUGAAACAGGACAACGAGAACACCCAGUCCAAACUCAAGAGUACCCGGGGCAUGCUUGAGCAGACGGAAACGAGCCUAAAGAACACGUCGGAAAAACUUGACGAAGAGACAAUCCUGCGAAAAGCACAUCAAGCUACAGAGCAGAUCCUUCGUGAAAUUGGUGCCGGUCUGCUAUCUACCUUGGACGGCACUGUGGAGGAUGUCAAUGGGCUGCACGCCAAACUCGAUCGCAAAGGCAGUCUAGAGAAUGAUAACCGCCAAACAUGGGAGGCCUCUACCCUCGAAAUCUCUGAUAUCACCCAGAAAGUCGAUGCCCGAAUGGAAAGCUUCCAAACCCACCAUGCUGAGCUUCUGGAGACCAUGUCGAGCAGGAUCCACCAAUUUGUCGACAUCGAGCUCAGCACGGUCCAGUCAACUCGUUCUCAGCUUCAGGGAUUUAGCACCUCUUUUGACAAGGUCGAAGCCGAUGCGAAGAAACAGACUUCCGAUGCUCACAACGAGAUGAACGAGGUUCUUGAGGAGAUCAAGGUCCUUCGCGAGGAUGUCAAGACCAAGGUGGGCGAAGGCCUACAUGGGCUGUCAGCUGCAGCAGCUCGAAUCUCGAAAGAGGUCAUCGGCGAGUUCUCUGAAUUCCAUUCCCAGCUUCACUCGUCCUACAGUGUCCUUGGCAAGGACUUCAAGUCCAUGUUUGAGAACAUGGCCUCACAUCUGGACCAGCAGAAAUCCGAGAUUAACAAAUUGCGCCUAGAGCUCCAAGAAGCCAAUCGACAAUCGGUGGAGGCUAACCGCAAGGCCUCCUCGAAUCUCGCUCAGAUUCUUGAAGAAGAGCAUGCAAGCGCUCAGGCUGAGCGGGAAACUGUGAUGUCGCAGAUUCGUAGCCUGCUCGAGGACUCUAACCAACGACAGUCCGCCCGCCUCAAAAGCAAGUGUGAAGUUGUUCGCACUGAUAUCUCGGCGUCCGGGGAUUCGCUCGAGCAGGCCACCGCGCAGUAUGACCGCCACGUUGAUGAAUGGAUCUUCAAGGAAGAGCAAUUCGCUAAGGAUGUCACGGCAUCCAAGGACGAGAUUAAGACCAAGAUGCAGAAUGAUUGGGAGACAUUCGAUCAACGUAAUGCUUCAAUCCAGCGGGUUACAGAGUCGGUCCACCAGGAGACCGUGCGGAUUGUGGAUGCUCAGAUGAGCGACAUGAGCAAACAGAUGGGGGCUCUCGAUGACUUCGUUGCCACGGCUCGGUCCCAUAACGGCCGCUUUCAUAACACACAGCUGGCCAGUCUGGACGCUAUGGCCACAAAUGUUCGGGGGUCUCGUACAGCCGUCCACGAACAGUUGGAUGGCCUGCAUGGCCGUAUUGGCCAGCUCCGGGAGGAUGUCAAUCUGCACACCAACAACCUAGAGCAGUCGACUGCUCCUCUGUACGAAGAGGUCCGCCAGCCACUCUCCGAACUUCGCGAUAACAUUCAGAGCCAUCCCAUGAAGGAGUAUGUUCCAACUGGAGUCACUCCUAGAAAGCGGAAAUAUGAAUACCCCACGGAUCUGCCUCGCACAGAAUCCCACGAGGGUAUUCGUUCCCGGCACCGGACAUCCAAGCAAUUCACCGCCCUUCCAUUCAAUGAGGAGGCCCAAUUGGCCCCAACCCCUAGCUCCUCUGUCUCUUCGCCAUCCAAAGGCUUUGUUUACAGCGACGCCGUGGAAGAGGUAGGGACUCACGCUCCGUCAUCCGCAAUCAUGACUUCCAACACUGGCCUUAGGGAAGUCGAUCUAAACGUCGCCAAACAACUCGCGUGUGAUUCUGAUGAUGACACUGUGCCCAUCGGCAAACUUGAAACUCUUGCACCCACCCUUUCCAUAGACCUGGACGAAACCCCCGAAAAGGAUGACUCUGAGCAACCGCUUCUCAAGCGGCGCCGCUCUGCCUCCAACAACUCUGUCGAAACGAAGCUGCCGCAGAAGAUGCUGUCUAAGAAAAUGGCUGGCAUGAUGGAGGGCCGGGAGAAUGUUCCCCCAUCUGCCAUGUCCGGUGGCCGCAGGUACAGGAUUCGCAAUGCGGAUUAA